AAACAGUUGAGCAACGGUUACCGGUUCUUAUCAGCCACCGGGAGCCUCCGCCGUCAAAACAGCGCGAUUUAACCGGGUCGAACUGACGUCUGUUGGCUCGGAAAAAAGGAAAAAAAAACGUCUGUUUGCUCUCGAAUGUGUGCCGAGUGAAAACCCGCCCUCUUCCCCGCCUCCAGGCCAACGGCAGGAGGGCAGAGACGGCGGACGGUGCAGUGUUUUGAACGCGCUAGCUAACUUUCUGCGGAGUUUAGUUUGUUAAAGGCUAACUGCUAGCACCGGAUACGAGAAAAUCAAGUCGACAGCGCGCGUUUUGUAGCUUAGCUCAGUCAAAACAUAAAUAAAAAUGGUGACUUUCUCGGCGGCAGUGAGACCUCUGAUCUCCCACCUCCACCGACAGCUCGUCAGACACGGCAGGAGUCACCGGAUAACACCCGUCCGGAGAUGCAACCUCACGGCGUGUUCCAGCAAAUAUGUGCUGUCUCAGAUGCAUCCCAUGUGGCAGGGACCCCUCGCGGUACCAGGAGGCGAUCGACAGUCUCCCAUAGACAUCGUCGUACGAAAGAGCGUCUUCGAUUCGAAGCUGAAGCCACUAGAAACCGAGUACGACCCGCAGACGUGUCAGCAAAUCUGGAACAACGGUUAUUCCUUUCUGGUCGAGUAUGACGACACUACAGACAAGUCCACGCUGAAAGGGGGCCCCCUGCAAGACAAAUUCAGGCUGUGCCAGUUCCACUUCCACUGGGGGGAGAGCAACGCCUGGGGGUCGGAGCACACCGUGGACAGGAGGCUGUUCCCUGCAGAGCUGCAUUUGGUUCACUGGAACUCCGACAAGUACAGUCUGUUUGAGGAGGCAGUGAUGGAAGACAACGGACUCGCUGUCAUUGGAGUUUUCCUGAAGGUGGGAAAAAGACACGAGGGGCUGCAGAAGCUGGUGGACGCUCUGCCUGCAAUCAGACAUAAGGACAGCAUCGUGGAGUUCACCCGGUUCGACCCCGGCUGCCUGCUGCCCGCCAACACCGACGACUACUGGACGUACCACGGCUCUCUGACCACGCCUCCUCUGACCGAGUCCGUCACCUGGAUCGUCAUGAAGCAGCACAUCGAAGUCAGCCACGACCAGCUGGCGGUUUUCCGGAGCCUCCUGUUCACGUCGGCCGAGGAGGAAGUCCAGAAGAGCAUGGUGAACAACUUCCGGGUGCAGCAGCCUCUGCGGGGUCGAACCGUGCGCUCGUCCUUCACGCCCUUCCUGCAGGAGGCGCCGCCCGCCGAAGGCCACCAGCACUGACGUCCUCCACACAGUAACACACUGACCAGAGAUUAUCUCACCGCCAUCAUCACACGGCGCUCUCAACAGCAUCUGAAGCAAAAAAACACAUAUGCAAAAGUACGACCAAGUUCCCUCUGAGGAGCUCCAGUCGUACUUUGUGCCGUUUUUCUAUCAUGAAUAUAAUUAUUUUGCUUUUACAAACAGUUUUACACAGUAGGGGAUGGUUGGGAUCGAAUGAUUUUACUUUUUUUUUAAGAUUUUGGUUUGAUCGUUGCAGACCAAUAACCAAUAAGGGAUGGUUGCAGUGGGGGAAAUAUGUAGUUUUACCGGUUUUAUGAAUAACAAUCCUAUUUAUUGUGCAUUUGCAGCUCAUUCGGUUACUGCGUGUGAGUGUGUAGCUGCAGCUCGGCGUUGGAAACGACACCCAGCUGCAGGUAGAAACUCUCCACAGCAGCUCUGAUCCGUUUGUCUCCAUAAAAGGAGGCUGAAGCUGCCGUCGGUUUACAGCUCAGCGCCCAGGAGAUUGUAAUAGGGGGAUUCGUCUCCACUUAAAUACAGAUUCUAUCCACAGUCACCAGUGGCUUUGCACCAAAAGUUCACUUUUUAAACUCCUGAAUGAUCAGGUUUUGAUUUAUUGCUGAUUUUUUUUACAUCAUCUACUCUAUAAAGAUCAAUAGAAUGUGUUUUCUUCAUCUGUUACAAAGAGAUUAUACUGUAUACGGUACAUCUGACAUUCAGAAGCCUUUGUUUGACUCAAACAUCCUUUACUUUGGAGUUUUUAAACUCUGCCUCGGUUCUCCCGCCCGGAGCCCAUGUUACUAAUAUGCAGCGGUUACUGAAGCACAUCCGUGUGUUCUGAUUGAAACGAGCAGUUCUCUUCACAGCAGCCUGAAAUAGCCACAGUGCCUUAAGUGAUCUCCGCUGGCAGCGUUUCGUCUCCCAGAGCAUGAGAAGUGUCUGGGCUCCUCCGUCAGGCUGUGGUUUAAGCACACGGCAGCAGUCAAGGCUCAGCUGACGUUUGGUAUUUUAUCGCCUCCUUUAUCUCUGCGAACGAAGGACGAGGUCUUUUCCUGAACACCGCUGGGGCUCCGACUGCAGGAGUUUCUGGACCGUUUAUCCACUUUCACAAAAUGAGUGCCUGAGCUGCCUUCAGAGAUCACUUUACUUCCUCCAUUAAUGGCAAAAAAAUUAAGAAAUGCAAUGUUUUCUGCAUCACAGUUGCAUCUCAAGGAGUUUAAUGUUUUUCCAUCUUCUCACGACUGUAUCACUGUUUUUAAUCGUACCAGUAUCACUCAGUGCUCCACUUUGUUCGCACUUAAAAUCUGGUCUGAGAUCUCAAUCUAAACAGCAAUGUGUGGAAUUUACAGAUCCAGUAUUAAACCUCCUGAGCUGCUCACGGACUCAUCAGGGUCGCCCCGAUGAGAGGAAGUUAACAUCUCCACAUCACAUACAUCAAUGUGUGUGUUAAACUCCUGUUUACAGCUAUAGAUACGUGUAAAAAAAAAAGAAUUUUAGUGGCAGAAUUAGUGCAAAUAUGAGGUAAAUUGCCAGAAAAUUAAAUAUCAGCGAUGUCCCGUUUCUUCCUGUAUAGCUUCAUUUUAGCACAACCUCUUGUAUACUGAAUUUUGUCGAAUGCCGAAUAAUGUCAAACAUCUUUAAACCAAAGCUUUAAGGUUGGAGGGAAUCUCUUCUUCCAUUGAAUCAGGAGAAGUCGUGCAGCUGAUCGGUGCAGCUUUAACCUUCUGAACUCUAAAACCUGCCAACGAGUUAAAAUUAUAGGGUUUAUCAGAGCCAGAAAGUGUGAAAACAGAAAGAAUUGAUGGAUCUCCAGCUUUCUGACAGUCCUUGAACUACUCAUCUUAUCUAUUCUGCAUGUCUCAUUUAAAAAUUCAGCAAAAAUAAACCUGUAAAUAAACACUAAACUCAGAAUUACUGACACCUUAUAGACGUGAUUCAGGUUGACAGCAGAGAGAAGGUUUCUGGGAUGAAACUUGAAGUACAGUUUAUAUAUUAUAUGCUGUAGUUCAGGCUUGUUUCUGACUGAAUUAAAUGUUGGUCAAAGUGAUGCUUGUGUGAUUAUGACGCCGCCACCCAACAAGCUAAACACGAGGCUAACGUUAGCGAGCAUACAGAUAAUUAGCCUUCAUGUUUUCAGUUCUCGCUCUGUAGAUGAACUGUGUCGACCUCCAACAGUUUUCUCCUCCAGACUCGGUUAGCCUUCUGCUUUUGUUUUAGCUUUUAGCUGCUUCUUAAUUAUUACGGUUACGCUAAGUUGUUGCACCAAAGUCUUGAAUCUUUGCGAUGACGCGAGGCGACGCUCUGCUUCCUGAUUCGUCCCUCUGGUGCAGUCAUCCUCAUAAUAUCCCGCAUCAUGUGACACGCCGUUAUUUUUCUGAUCUCUGAAGCUUCUCCUCAACCUAAUUUCUUAAUCUGUGAGGAAACUCCUGCAGUGUGAGCAGCACAGUGAACGUAGCGAAGGAGCUCAGUAAACGCUGCCUCGGCUGAACUCAACACAAUAAAUCAGGCUGUGGUUGUUGGAGAGCUGCCGUCUUCACUCAGCCGUCUGCUUCAGUUGACCUUCUGUCACCUCGUGUUUGUUUUUUAUUCACAACAGACGAUCAAUCAAAUUAACACCGUCUGAUUUUACUAUUUGGGGAUUUGGGAAGGGUUUAAACUGACACCUGUUGUAACGCAGAAUCUCUAAACUACAUGUUUUUAUUUUAACAAAACGCACAAAAAGGUGCUACUUCUCAAAGCGACGCAGUGGGACCAACCGACCACAGCAGCCUCAUUUAUUUUAACUUCUUCAUCCAGUGCUUUAAAAUCCUUUUUCUUCCCUAACAUCUGCAGUAAAUUAGACGCUCUGUGGUUUUUACUAAAUGGAAGAUUUUGUAAUUGGGAGGGAACGUGUGCAGCGUUGAAUCAUCCAGAGAAGUCUGGAGGUUCUCCAGCUGUGGCUCUCGUUGUGAAACUCUGCGUGAAUCUGCAGGAAGAUAAAGAGAGGUCUGAGGUAGAGCCGAGGCCAGAUAAAAAGAUACGAGACGCAUGAGGAAACCUGUUUCUGAGAGGGAGGCAGAACGCUGCAUCGACUCUGCCGAAGUUCCCUCCUUUUUCGUCUCGCGGUUGAGUCACGGUUGUCUUCGUGAUUCUUCGGCGACAAUGAAGCUGGGCCUCCGACGCUCACACGAGGCCUCCCGCUGCAGAACCUCUGCCGGUUCUCCAGCUGAGGCCGAAGCUGCUCUGAAAGAACCAGAACGUACCGAAAAGACGCGACGCUUUGUGAACUUGUCGCGAAGGCUUCAGGCUGCUCACAUUAACGCUGAGGGAGGAGGAUCUUAGAAAAGUUGAUGAGGUUGUGUUGCUUUUUUUUUUCUUCUUCUUCUACGUGUUAAACCAACGUGGAGACAAGGGAUCUGGUACUGCCUUCAUCUUGUACAGCUGUAUUUUAUUGAUGUAUUUGAAAUGUGCACCAUCGUCUGCCUUCAUUUUUCAUGGCAAGUUACUUUUUUAUGCCUUUUUUUUUUUUUCAUUUUGAUGCCAUUAUUGUCAACAUAUCGCAAUGCAAAUGUUAAAUCAGCUGAAAAUGAUUGUCUGAACUGCCUUUUAGAGAUCACUUUACUUCCUCCAUAAAUGGCAAAAAAAUAAAUAAAUGAAGGCGCGUGAUGUUUCCUGCGUCACAGUUUCAUCUCAAGGAGUUUGACAUCUUCAUCUUGUCAUAACUGUAUCACUGUCUGCCUUUCUGAUCACACGACGCUGUACUUUGUUCACAUGUUUUACUGUUUGUGCGUCUUCUCUGGCCUUCUGUAGCUCCGUGGGAUGUUUUAGCAGGUGUACGUUGUGUCCUAUAUGCUGUAUGCGGUGCAUAUUUGAGCUGUUUAUUUGUCCAGUGUGCCGCCCACAUUCCUGCCCCGCGGGGCCCCAUGAGGCCCCUCUCCCCUCCCAGCAUGCCUCGCUCCACCUGGAUGGCUCCUUAUGUACCAUCCAGCUGUGUGUUCAGGAAGGGUGUCGCCCCAGAGACCCUCCACCUCCGAUGUAAAUAUGAUUUUAAAGAAACUGACAUGUAUAUCAAUAAAGUAACAUGAAGUAAAGAGGA